GAUGAUCUCCAGAGAUCCCUUCCCCAACCUCUGUUCUGAGAUUUUGUGAUUCUGUGAUUUUGUGAUUACCAUUCUGUCCUUUCCUGGGAGAUCACUUGGACAGGUUAGCAUAAUUUCAUGACUGCUCUGGUACAUGGCUGCUGAGAAAUCAAGAUCAGCCGAGGUUAGGUCCCUUUCCUAAAAGUGUCAGCAAGUCCUUUUUUGCCUGUGACUUUUUCCUCCUGCUCUUUCCAAAGUCUGUGGUUAGAGUUACUGGGGCAAGAUACUCCAGACAGAUCUUUGGUUCAGCAGAUGAGUUUCAUAAAUGCUCAAAUUAAGUGGGAGGAAAUGCUAAGUGGAGUUCUGGAAAGAAAAAAAAAACAACAAAAAACCACCUGUUAGCUUGCCAAGUUCCUAGAGAGAAAAUCUGCAGCAUUGUUUACAUUUGAAUGCGUCAGUGAACCUGUAUAAACAUUUAGUAUUAAGUGAUCUGGUUAGACUCUUAAUGGAACCUGGCUAAUAGAAGCAGCAUUUAUGUUCCUUAACUCAAUCUUAUCUAUCCACAAAGGCAUACAUAGCUUGUGCCAAGACCAUGGUUGGAGCAGAUCCAGAGACAGAAAAAGUCUUGACACAGACUGCCAGAAUCGGCACGUUAGAUUUUGUGGGGAAAAGCAGCUAGUGAAUAUAAAGUUUUAAUACAUGAGAAAUAUAUGUUGCUUACCUAUUUACUUUCAAAAAGGGACACCAGCACAAAUCCAUAUGGAAGAUGAACCUCCUCCUUCUCAAGGAGUCAGUGUCAAGGUCUUGGAGGCAACAUUAUUGUCAGCCCUGAAGAUGCUGGAUGUUGGGAAAUGGCCAAUUUUUUCCCUUUGUUCACAAGAAGAGCUCAAGUUAAUUCGUCAAGCGUGUGUAUUUGGCAGUGCUGGUAAUGAGGUGCUGUAUGUAACUGAAAAUGAUGAGGUUUUUGUGCUUGGCAUGAACUGCAGUGGGUGUUUGGGAACGGGAGACGUCCAAAGCACAAUUGAGCCAAAGAGAUUAGAUUCUCUAUGUGGCAAAAAGAUAGCUUGUCUGAGUUAUGGAAGUGGCCCUCACGUUGUUCUUGCUACAGAAGAAGGAGAAGUGUACACAUGGGGUCAUAAUGCUUACAGUCAGUUGGGCAAUGGUACAACAAAUCAUGGUUUGGUUCCUUGUCAAGUCUCUACCAACUUGGUGAACAAGAAAGUCAUUGAAGUUGCUUGUGGCUCUCAUCAUUCUAUGGUGUUAACAUCUGAUGGGGAGGUGUACACGUGGGGUUAUAAUAACUCAGGCCAGGUUGGAUCUGGUUCAACUGCUAAUCAACCAAUUCCUCGAAGAGUUACCAGCUGCCUACAAAAUAAAGUAGUAGUUAACAUAGCCUGUGGACAGAUGUGCUCUAUGGCUGUGGUGGAAAAUGGAGAGGUCUAUGUCUGGGGUUACAAUGGUAACGGCCAGCUGGGGCUGGGCAGCAGCGGCAAUCAGCCAACACCGUGCCGAAUAGCAGCCUUGCAAGGCAUUCGUGUACAGCGGGUUGCCUGUGGCUGUGCACAUACGUUAGUGCUAACAGAUGAAGGUCAGAUUUAUGCCUGGGGAGCCAAUUCAUAUGGCCAGUUAGGUACUGGAAAUAAAAGCAACCAGUCUUACCCUACUACAGUUACUGUGGAUAAGGACAGAGUUAUAGAGAUUGCAGCCUGCCACUCUGCUCACACUUCGGCUGCCAAGACGCAGAGCGGCCAGGUGUACAUGUGGGGCCAGUGCCGCGGCCAGUCUGUGGUCCUUCCCCACCUCACUCACUUUGCCUGCACUGACGAUGUGUUUGCUUGCUUUGCUACCCCUGCUGUUAUGUGGCGUCUUCUCUCAGUAGAGCCUGAUGACCAUCUAACAGUAGCCCAGUCACUGAAGAAGGAAUUUGACAACCCUGAAACUGCAGACCUGAAGUUCCUAGUGGAUGGAAAAUACAUCCAUGUUCAUAAAGUUCUUCUCAAAAUUAGGUGUGAACAUUUUCGUUCCAUACUGAAUAAUGAUGAUGAAAUUAUAGAAAUGAGUGAAUUUUCUUAUCCUGUUUACCGAGCCUUCCUGGAGUACCUGUAUACAGACAGUAUUAGGCUCCCUCCUGAAGAUGCCAUAGGACUGCUAGAUUUGGCAACACUGUAUAGAGAAAACAGAUUGAAAAAGCUUUGCCAGCAAACAAUCAAACAAGGCAUUUGUGAAGAGAACGCCAUCGCUCUUCUUUCUGCUGCUGUCAAAUAUGAAGCUCAGGACUUGGAAGAGUUUUGCUUCAGAUUUUGCAUAAACCACUUAACAGUUGUAACACAAACUCAAGGCUUUGCAGAAAUGGACCACGAUCUCCUGAAAAACUUCAUUAGCAAAGCAAGCAGAGUGGGAGCAUUCCGAAAUUGAGAGCUGACUACCACCAAGCUGAAGAGCACAGCCUCAUUCCUUUGGAGAGCUUUGAAGAGAGACUCAGUGUCCGUCAGCUUGGGAAAUGCCUUGAAGCCUGCUAACGUACUGGUUUGAAAAGAUGACUACAGCAUAGGUGUGUAGGGAGAGCCAGCAUUCAGAAUUUGACAACAAACCCUAAUGCAGUAACUACCCCUUUCUCACUUAAAGUCAAGCAAACUAAGCUUGUCAUCGUGGCUAUUUUGAGUAUAUUAUUUUUAUGUAAACAACCUAUAACUGGAUUUUAUGGAGCAGUGACAUCCUUGCUGCUAAAACUUUCAUAGUACACUACUAUCACCAAACUAAGCUAAUAUGCCCCUAGUGGGCAGCUUUGUGCCAGGUCAUCCAGAUUAGAGACAAACUUGGUUUUUGAGUACUUGAUAAAGUACUAUAAAUUCUUUAGGAUGAGAAGCUUUCUGUGUGGUAGGAGGUUUUGUCUCACUGUAUGUUUAUUUAGAGUGUAAAUACCAAAACUGUGAAGGGCUUCAGCUGGAUAUUAGAAUUUGAAGUUGCUGGCCAAUAUGCCCAUUGUUGUGGACAGUUAUGAAACCUCUCUGUUACAGACGAAAUGCUCCCUGGCACCCCAGUGGGACAGCAAACAGUAGUUAUCUGGACAUGAAUUGUGGUGCUGUGUGUAACAGCACUCAGAAAACCACCUCGUCGCUUGUUAUCAGGAAAAAGAAACCUAAACAAAACCUCAAGAAAAGGGAAGUUCCACUGAGAUUUGUUCAUUGAAUCCUGUCUUACUGCCAGUCCCCCAGCAGGUCAUCUUAAGAAGAGUGGAAAAGAACAUAAAGUGAUAAAAUGGGUCCCAAAAGCAGAACUGCUGGGUGUGUCGCUUCAGGUUCUCCUUUGGGCAGCGCUGCAAUACCUCUCCAGGUGACCCCACCAGUUGCAUUCCGUGCCUGUGUCAGAUGAGAGGAGUUGUCCACUGGCCAUGGAGGUGGGUGGGAUGGGUGAGGCAGAGUAGGUACUUAGUUUCUAACUGACUAACAUGAGCUGAGAUAAAAUCCCACCUUGUGUUACGCAUAGGAAGGGUUGCGCUCUUACAGAAGAUGCUGAGCUUACGGAGCAGUUCCUUGGAAUGUUUUUUAACAGGCAAUUGUGAAUUAACUGUGAGAAAUGAUUUCUCUUCACAGAGCAGGAGGAGCAGCUGUAGUAUUUUACAGCUGCAGUAUUUUACAAAACUGGAUGGCCAGUUUCAGUGUGCUGGUCUAUGUCAUGCCACCUUCACUCAGACUCGUGCCCUGCCAGAGUCCUCUGAUGACUUAUUCCAAUCCUCAAAUGUGGUUUCUAAGAACUUAAUUCCUUUAAAUGACCUCAGCCUCAUUUCCUCAUUUCUGAAGUGGAAAUUACUGUCCUUUGUCAUAUCAGAGAAUUAUUUCUUAAGCGCUCGUAUUCCUUGAAGAGAAAGAAGAAGAGAAACAAGUUCUCAGAGAAGAGGAGUGAGGAGAUGCUCUCGUCACAUUGGUCUCUUUAGUUGUGAUUUUAUGUAAGGUGUGGAGAUGGCAAAACUGACUUAGGAAGAAAGCAGCAAGCAAAUUAUUUUGGGAAAAUGCUGUGCUAAAAAAUGACUUGCAGUUUGGGCUUUUCCCUCAAACUGUCUCUAGGAGUAUAUUGUAUCGUCUACUGCUAACAAGCUUAUUUUGCCAUCCUGUAGUCAUACAGCUUCCUCCAGCAGCAUAGACCCAUGCUUUAGCUGCUGUGUCAGUAUUUUAUGUUCAAAUAGAACUGGUCAAAACUUUCCAGUACAUAGUGCCAUCUCAUUGAAACCACAACUUCCCUGAGGGGAAAAUGAUGUGUUGUAGUAAUUCUGUGUUGAAAAGCGCUUGCUGCAGGCGCACAGAUCAGGCUGUUCUCAGGUGGGGCACAAGUUCACCGUGCUGUAGCCCAACACUUAUCAUAUCGAGAGAGCAGAUAAAAGGCAACACUGUGUGAGCCAAGGCUGGGAAAUUCCUACCCAUUUGGUUGAGCCAGGGACAGCCAUGGUGAAGUCUCAGUCCUGUGCACCCAGGGCCUGAGAACUGCCAGUGUCACCUGCCAGCGUGGCCUUGGCAGCACAAAGAACCAAGUGACUCUGCUGCAGCCCUGCAUUUGGGUAGCAGCUUGCAUGGGCAAAUAGUGAUAGGACAAGGGGAAAACUAAACGUUAGAUGUUAGGAAGUAAUUUUUUACUCAUAGGGCAGUGAGGUCCUGGCACAGCUGCCCAGAGAAGCUGUGGGUGCCCCCAUUACUGGAGGUACUCAAGGCGAUGUAGGAUGGGGCCCUGGGCAGCCUGAGCUGCUGGGUGGCACUGCCCAUGGCAGGGGGUUAGGGCUUUAAGAUCCCUUCCAACCCAGGCUGUUCUGUGGUUCUGUGACACUACUGGCUGUAGGCAAGGCUGCAGCUGUGGGUGGGAAGCAUGACUGCCUGCCACAAGCCUGGACAAACAACAGAGCUCACAUUUGUAGCACCCGAGGAGAUGGGGGCGAAAGGGCUGCUGGAUGCCAAGGAGAGCCGGAGGCAGCUGGGCAGCACUGCUUUGUGUAGGAAGGGCAAAAGCUGCUCCACCCAGUCAUGGUAUUUAUGAAGCUGGAAUUAAGUUCAAAAAAUGUUCUCCAUAUGUUCCCACUGUCAAAAUGUUAAGAUUCUAACAUUUUAAAAAACUUUUUAUUUUACUCAACAUCUGAUCAAACCUGUCCACUGCUCAGGGAAGAGCCUGGCUCCCUAGAGAGAAAUCCCUGGGCAGUGCUGCCGCUUUCCUACUCCGGCUCACCUCCGUAGGGCAGUUCAACAACCUGAAACCCCCAGAUAGAAACUACUGCGGUCAAUACAGCGUGCUUUCUUAGUGAGGCAUUUUUUGGCUUAACAUAAACAGCAGUGCCUUUUUAAAAAAAAUUAUUUCCUUCCUGUGUAUGAUUUCCCACCUACUGUGCAAAGGUUGGCUGCAGUUUCACUGUGGCUGACAAAGACCAUCAUCUUGAGAGAAAGAAAGCAUCUCUGCACUGAACGAAGGCAACUAUGGGUGUAGUACGGCAGUGUUGGCUGUCCCUCACACCAUAACAUAGCGUUGGUUCUGGAUGUGAUGGCAUUGUAUUCAUAGAGACUUAUAUUUAUUUAUUAGCUAACUUUCGUUUGCAUGCACUUUCCUUGGCACUUAAUGGUCAGUGUUUAAGAAACAUACUGGUGUAAGUGGUUAAACGUGGAUGCGUGUGCAUAGAUGCGCUUGAAAACCCUCCUGUGGGGCAUUUUGGAAGAAAUUCAGGAUGGAUUUUGCCAUUGUACAGUGGUCUGCAAUGAAGUUAAACUGUGGAUCCUGCAGGUUAAAUACUUAAAGAGGUGGUUCUUGUUUUUUAGGACACCGCAGACAGAAAAGGGUAUUGUUACGUGAGAAUAUGGUCAAGCAUAAAAUGUGUCUGGUGCUCAGAGAGGGAUCUUUGCUUAAGAAAGGGAAACAUAGAGUGGAAUUUGCAAGGAAAAGACAUGACGAGAAACUGAUCGCCUCAAGCUUAAAUUGCUGAAGAGUCAGUGCUGCAGUGCUGUGGGUUGUCCUGGUACCAAGUGAGCUGCUGAGUCACUUCUAUAGGCUUUCCUUGUACAACAGAGUGCUCAGCUGCCCCGCAGAGCCAGGACUCACUGGGUACCACCUAAUGAUGCAGCAGGGUUACAGCCUGAACAUACAAAUAGGUUCUGGUUUCUUGUUUCUUUAUAACCUUGCCUGGGUUUAACAGACCAUUAAUAAAAACAUCAUCAUAUUUGC